CCUCCCAUGACUUCCAGGGACUGUGGAGGCCGGCUCCAGGAGCGGAUUCAGUGGGUCGGACCACGAGUGGGCCACAGCACUGCCGAACCCGAAGCUUGGGCCCGAUCUACCCGCUCAAGGGCGCAGCCGCGGUAUCCGUGCGCUCCAGGGACCCCUGCGGGAGGGACCACAACUGUCCCCUGGGAAAAAUGGGAAACUGAGGCUACCGCAGGGGUGCGACUUGUCCUGGGAGUCAGCUCAACGGCCCGGGACUUCGGGGAGCACCGGUCCGGAUCCCGCCGGCUUUCCAGCUACAGUCCCGCCCUUCCCCAGAAGAGCUGCUUCUAGGGAGUGGGUAGUGGGCGUCAGGUUCUCCCACCCCGCAGGGCCCCGGGGGUGGAGCCACACCAGCCCCGCCCCAGCCCCAUUGGCUGCGGCGCCAGGGGCGGGGCGGGGCCGCCAGAUGUUGGGGCGGCGGCGGCAAGAGCUGGGGAGAGGGAGGAGCCGUGGAGCCAGGCGGAGGGCAAGGGCGCCGCUGGCCGGCCCGCCGGGCCCUCUCCGCACGGCUCUCGCCGGAGUUCGAAGAGGAACUGGCAGGCCUGGAGGGGGCUGCGGCACGGACAUGCACAGCGCUCGGCUUGACAGUUUCCUGGGCCAGCUGCGCUGGGAACUGCUGUGUGGCCGGGACACCGGCUCACCACCAAUGCCUGGUCCCCUUCCGCCACCCCCCAAACAGCGCCCAGGCGUGCGGCUCAAGCACCAGCUCAGGGCCUCAGAUGCAUUGGAAGAGGACUCGGUCUGUGGUGUGGAGGAAGAGGAGGAAGAAGUUGGGGUGACAGGAGACAGGAGUGCAGCCUUGGGGGGCCCCAGGGAGCAUGGCCUGGACUGGGACUCCGGCUUCUCAGAGGUGUCGGGCAGCACAUGGAGAGAGGAAGAGCUGCCCAUACCCCAGCACCCAGCACCCUCGGCAUGGCCCCCCCGGAGACAGCGCCUCUCAACCAGUGGUGUCGCCCAGCCUGGCGGAACGCCUGUGGCCCGGGUACCACCUGUUCACCGACCACGGCCCAAGUCCACCCCAGACGCCUGCCUGGAACACUGGCGGGGGCUGGAAGCCGAGGACUGGACCACGGCCCUGCUGAGCAGGGGUCGUAGUCGCCAGCCCCUGGUGCUGGGGGACAACUGCUUUGCGGACUUGGUGCACAACUGGAUGGAGCUGCCCGAGGCAGCAGGUGAGGGGGACGAUGGGGGUGGGCCCCGUGCCCGUGCUCGGCCCCCCCAGUUCCUGCUGGGCCUCUCUGAGCAGCUGCGGCGCCAGCUGGCCAGGGCGCGCCGGGCAGCGCUGGCAGGAAAGCGACUGUCAUGCCCACCUCGCCCGGAACCCGAACUACCUGCAGAUGUCUCACGCUUUGCAGCCCUCAUGAGUUGCCGCAGUCGGCAGCCCAUCAUUUGCAAUGAUGUUGUCAGCUACCUCUGACCCUGCCCUCCAGCCUGGGACAAUAAAGGCCUUUCUCUGGACA